CAACAGGAGUAUCACUUAGGUUUCACGCAUGUGCGGAGCGAGUCGUGCGCUUCCGUUUGAAUUGACGUUCGCGAUGGCAGAGCUUCAUAAACGUCGACGUGAGCUCGGCCACAGAAAGUUGUCACCUGAAGGAGCAUCCUCCAAAACCCAAACAGCCAGCUCCAGUGACAGCAACUCGGUAUUUCUGAAACUACUGGCUGCUGGAUUUUAUGGAGUCAGUUCAUUUCUCAUCGUUGUUGUCAACAAAAGCGUCCUCACCAGCUACAGAUUUCCUUCAUCAACAUGUGUUGGAAUCGGCCAAAUGCUGGCUACAAUUGUAGUCCUGAGGAUCGGGAAGGUGUUGGGUGUGAUCUCUUUUCCAGAUAUGGACUUGAGUAUACCACGCAAGAUGUUUCCACUGCCUCUGCUGUAUGUCGGGAAUCAAAUAUCAGGGCUGUUUGGGACACAGCGGCUCAAUUUGCCCAUGUUUACAGUUUUAAGGAGGUUCAGUAUUUUGCUUACCAUGGUGUUUGAAGGACUGUUGCUGAAAAAGACUUUUUCAACGUCGGUUAAAAUCACAGUGUUUACUAUGAUCUUUGGUGCUUUUAUUGCUGCCAGUGCUGACCUGGCGUUUGACCUUGAGGGAUACAUAUUCAUAAUGGUGAACAAUGUUCUGACUGCAGCCAGCGGGGCGUAUGUGAAGCAGAAACUUGAUUCCAAGGAACUGGGCAAGUAUGGACUCCUGUACUACAACGCUUUAAUCAUGCUUUUCCCCACUAUGGCAUAUGCGUACUACUCAGGGGACUUGCAGAUGGCGUUGGCGUUUAAUGGAUGGUCUGAUCAGCUGUUUGUUGUGCAGUUUGUGCUCUCCUGUGUCAUGGGCUUCAUUUUAAUGUACUCCAUCAUGCUGUGCACGCAGUACAACUCAGCACUCACCACCUCCAUUGUGGGCUGUAUUAAGAAUAUCCUUGUGACCUACAUUGGGAUGGUGUUUGGUGGAGACUACAUAUUCACCUGGACUAACUUCCUCGGUCUAAACAUCAGCAUUGCUGGGAGCCUGGUGUACUCCUACAUCACCUUCACACAGGAGCAAACAAAAAAGGCGUAAACCACAGAGUCCUGACCCAACAAUCAAGAGCUACUUGCAUCCACCUUUCAUGCUGUCCAUGUAAUAUAUGUGGAAACACAGCUUUUUAACUCAUCCUGUUAAAGUGUUUUUAAUUAUGGAAAGCUGUUUUCUGAGACACUAUGAUCAGCUUUUAUAUCUAGAAUUCAGACAAAGUGCCUUAAGUUUUAUAAUUAUAUUUCAUUGAUUAAAUGCAUAAUCAUAAGCAUUGAAUGAAUGAUCUGGAUUUUUUUUUUUUUUUGGUUCAAUUCCAUUUUAAUACAGUAUUCACAUACCAUAUUGAUCCUGGUCGCUGUAAUCAUUCCCUUUUCUCCGUACUGGCUUUUAACUGAAUCUUUUUGAACACAGACAAAAUACUUAAAAAAAAAAUCAGCUGAAAUGAGGCUUGGCCAUCUUCCACUUAAAAAACACUUGUGUAAUGUGUAGUCACAUUAGGAAGAGGUUGCGUGAAAGUCAGUAUAGAGAUGAGUGAUCAUUAUAGCCUUUUAGUACAUUAACUUGGGUGUAAUCUAUUUAAAGAGAAAAAAAAAAAAAACUUGAUCUUUAAAUCAAUAAUUGUGUUGUUUGUUGUUUUUUUGCAGUAUUUAAGUCACAGUUUAAAAACUUACAGUACAAAAAGUCAGACUAAUUUAUACAUUUAUUAAAUAUAACCAAUGUUAUUCCAUUCA